AAAGUAACAGCAUGAACCAUAUACAUAUAUAUUUUUUCUGAGUAAAUUGCAGUGUUUGUUUAUUAGCUUUGGCUGCUAAGAAAAAAGAAAAGUGAUAAUGGAGCUUGCUCUUGUGAAAUCUGAACUAAGUCCAAGAAGUAAUAGAUUGCUUGUGCUGGAUGCUGAUUCUAUUCAAACAACAAAAAGUGUCAAAAGGCGGCGAAGAGAUUCGUCUAUUGCGGUGUUAGGGGGGAUUGAACAAGGUAAUUUAACAGAAGAACAGCAGCCACUAAGUGGUAAUGUAUCAACUGCAGCAACCACUGUGAAGAGAAGCUCAAGGUUUAGGGGUGUUAGCAGACAUAGAUGGACGGGAAGGUAUGAAGCUCAUUUAUGGGAUAAAGGGACAUGGAAUCCUACUCAAAAGAAAAAAGGAAAGCAAGUAUAUUUGGGAGCUUAUAAUGAUGAAGAAGCUGCUGCUAGAGCUUAUGAUUUAGCUGCCCUGAAGUAUUGGGGAACAUCAACUUUUACAAAUUUCCCUGUAUCUGAUUAUGAUAAAGAAAUUGAAAUAAUGAUAACUAUGACCAAAGAAGAGUAUCUUGCUUCUUUAAGAAGGAGGAGCAGUGGUUUUUCUAGAGGUGUAUCAAAAUAUAGAGGAGUAGCAAGGCACCAUCACAAUGGAAGAUGGGAAGCAAGGAUUGGGAGAGUGUUCGGCAACAAGUACCUCUACCUUGGGACUUACGGUACACAAGAAGAAGCGGCUCGCGCAUACGAUAUUGCAGCAAUUGAAUACAGAGGAAUAAAUGCCGUGACAAACUUUGACUUGAGCACCUACAUCAGAUGGUUAAGGCCGGGAGCACAUUCUACUACUUCACAAGAGCAUCAAAAGCCAAGCACAGACCCUCAACCAUUUGCAGCCUCUAAUUCUAUCCAAACAAGAGCAAACAUUGAAAUAUCCAACUCCAACAUUAAUCCAUUCCAUGCAAGUGAAGUUGAAAAUACAAAAAAGCAAGACUUUUGCAAGUCUAUGACCCCAUUAAGUCCUUGCAAUAAGCCAUCAUCACCAACAGCAUUAGGACUUCUCCUAAAAUCCUCAGUGUUUAGAGAACUAAUGCAGAGAAAUCUUAAUUCUUCUAAUGAAGAUGACGAAGAAGUUGAAUUGAAAUACCCCCAAGAGGGGAUUGGAGGGUUUUUUGAUAUUGACAACAGCAACACUUACUUGUGCUCUUCUAAUAUCAAUAGAUUGCCCAACUUGGAGUCAUCAGAAGAGAGGUCAUUGCCUAUGUAUCAUGGAACUGUGCAAUCCUUAUGGAAUGGUGCUUCCAACAUAUCUAACUGAUUAUUUCUGUUAUGUUUUUUCAUUUUUCCUUUUUACUUUGCUGUUGAGAAACAUAGUUAAGAACUUUGACAGAAAAUCUCUACUUUCUUGGCAUACUAGUCAUGAAUGUCAAAUAAUUUUUAAGUUGUGUUAAGAUAUGUAUGCUGGCAUUACAACCUUCUCUGCUCA